UGCGCCUAUCACGGCUUUGGACUCACUCAAAUACCCACACACAACAUACUGUCAGCCAUGACUGAAAAGUGUCUUGACUUUACGGCCUGAUCACCUGUCGCAGAGGCGCCAGAUGCGAUGAAUUCCUCUCCUAUGCCCGAGGCCGAUCCUCGACCAGCCUCCCCUGCCCCUGCCCGUAUCCCCGUCGCCCCUCCCGCCCAGCCUGCUCCUCUCGAUCUGAGGUGGAAGGAGGAAGCCGACUUCGGCAAACGGAGGUCCGCGGGCAGGCACAUUGCUGCCAAGCACGCGGUGGGUACCCCAAGGCUCAUGACCUUCUUUGGAGCUGCCUCGCCCGGGGCCUCUGGUUCUGCGACCCGCCUCCCCUCUGCCUCUGCCUCUGCCUCUGGCUCUGCCUCUGCCUCUGGCUCCGGCUCUGCGUCUGGAUCUGUCUCCGGUCCGGGUGCUGGUUCCAUUUCUGGUCUUGGUCCUGCUCGUGGCUCCGGUGGACUGGACGGUGAGGGAUCGAAGGCUCCGGGAAGCGCGGGAGGAUGCAAGAGGAAUGCCAGGGAGGAUGCCGCGGAGGCUCCUGCUCUGAAGAAGACGAGGUUGGAAGAAAAGACAGACAGCAACGAAGGCGCCGAUAGAAAGUGCUGCAUACAGCAUCUGGCCAAGGCGAUUGACUUUGUCCGAAACCUCCCCACUCAAAGGCUGUGCUGGGCUGCAAAAAAGCACCGGGGCACCUGCACCUCUCUCGUCCUCGCCGAGCUGGCGGUCGGUCAAAUGUCGGACGAAGCGGUCGGCGCAUUCCUCACUCGGGGCACCAGUGUACUUGAGAACAACCCGAAGUCGCAAAGCGGCAAAGGCCACCACGGCCCGGGCUUGUAUCUUCAGAUUGUUGGAGGCCUUGUCCCGCCGACGUUAUACGUUGGGAAGAGCGAUGUGAAUGUACAUAAUCGUCUGAUGGCGUGGGGUCAGACCGUCAACCAAUUGAGGGAGCACAGGUACAAGCGCAAGCCGCCUCUGAUUGCUGUAGCACGCCUCGCGCCGGAAGCAACGACGUUCACGGCCGUCGCGUUGCUGACUCUCCCCCAUGAGGAGUUCUGGUACGUCAACGCCCAUAUUCCUCUCUUCAAGACCUGCGGAGAAGAGGAAAUCAAGGAAGAGCCGGGUCCCGACUUGAAAGACACCAUGUGCUGCCUGCUCGAGCCGGCCUACAUCGCCGCCUUCGGUACCUGCCAAGUCGAGCAGCGAGGAUAUAUCAAGGAAUGGGAGAAUACAUUCGGGGCUGGAUCUGACAUGUUCACAGUAGCCGGGGCAAACGAGAAGACCGGGAUUGGGGAAAAUUUCGAAUGUAUGCGCUACGUACCCGAGCACGUUCGAGACGAAAAGGUGCAGUUGCGCCACCGCGUCUUUGUGGAGAGGAUUGGGACCGAUGUGUGGUAUCAAGACGCUCAGAAGCAGCGCGUUCUGGUGGGUCGCGGCUACGGUAGUCUCAAAGUCUUUUUGCAGAAGUAUAAAAGGAAGUCGACCAUCAACGACGCUCUCGUAGCAGUCCAGAUUGCGCUCGCCUUCCGACAGGACAAGGGCAAGAGUGCAGAUGCUUCUGCGAUCCUCAAGACUGAGGUAUAUCAGACCCGCUAUGGCCAUAGAAUCGUCGCGGCUUGGCCAACGCCAUAUCACAGUCGGAUGACAAUUCCGUCUACGAUAUGGCAGGAGUUGGGGCUCAAACCUCAAGGAGGGUCCUUGUUGGAGCUUCAAUUCGAGUCGGAAGCAGGCUGUUUCCCUUUCCAAAGGGUGACCGACUGCGAGACGCAGCUGGUGGAAGGUACGGUCGCUGUUCUCCGCGCCGUGGACACUUCGACGGGCAACAAGUCGGAAUGGGUACGGUUCUGCUCACUCAGUCCCUCCCCAGGCUGUAAAAGAGUACAUCGAGUAGCUCGGCAACUCCGCGAGGAGUGGAGCGAGGCUUCCGGUCCAGGGGAGAGGGUGGAGAGCGCGGGGGACGAAGAGGAUGAGGAUGAGAUGGGGGACGAGGAAGGGGGCGAGGAAAGGGACGAUGAUGAGGAUGGGAACGAGGACGAUGAGGAGCAGAAGCGUCUGCAAAAAGAUGCUCUCUGGUUGAAAACUCGUCGAACCUUCGAGACAAUGCGAAGGGGACAUACUCGACUGGCAUGACGUGGGGGAAACAACUUUCGGCAGGCAUCGUGGUAAUUGCGCCAAACCGAGGUGCGGUCCAAGAGACGAGUAAUUUGACGCUGCCAAUGCCCGCCGUCCCAGACGCAGUGCGAGCAGGCAGGGAGAACAUCGACGCUUACAGGCUGUUCUUGCAGGGCAACGCGACAACACUACGCUUCUUC